CUCAUGGUGACGUUACUACAGUAACAACUCUCAUGUUCAUUCCGUCUGAAUUUGUGAAAUAAUUGACGUUUACGAUAAAAUACGAACUUGUCAGUCCAAAUUAUCCUUCUAAAAAAUUCAAAAUGUCAGCCGAGACUAACAAAUUUCUCAAAGAUUUCCUCGCGGGAGGAAUCUCGGCCGCCGUAUCCAAGACUGUCGUGGCGCCGAUCGAACGUGUGAAACUACUGCUGCAAGUGCAAGCAGUCUCAAAACAAAUCCCCGAAGACAAGCGAUACAAAGGAAUGGUCGACUGCUUUUUGCGCAUACCGAAGGAGCAAGGUUUCACUAGUUUUUGGCGUGGAAACCUCGCAAACGUUGUACGGUACUUUCCAACUCAGGCGCUCAACUUUGCGUUUAAGGACAUUUAUCAGAACAUGUUUUUGAGCGGCAUUAACAAAAAGACUCAGUUUUGGAGAUAUUUUAUGGGGAAUUUAGCGUCGGGAGGUGCGGCUGGAGCUACAUCUUUGUGUUUUGUAUAUCCGCUCGAUUAUGCCAGAACCAGAUUAGCCGCUGAUGUAGGAGGAGGCAAAACUAGGUUGUACAGCGGACUUAUGGACUGCCUCAUGAAGACCAUGAAGAGCGAUGGUUUAAUAGGAAUGUAUAGAGGUUUUGUGGUAUCUGUUCAAGGGAUCAUUAUCUAUCGUGCGACGUAUUUCGGUUGUUUCGAUACCGCAAAGGGAAUGUUGCCUGAUCCGAAAACCACCCCAUUUUUGGUAACUUUUGGUAUUGCUCAGGCGGUUACGACCUUUGCUGGAAUAACGUCGUAUCCUUUUGACACAGUCAGAAGGCGAAUGAUGAUGCAAUCGGGGCGAGCUAAAGGCGAUCUUUUGUAUAAAAACACUGCGGACUGUUGGAUAAAGAUUUUUAGACAAGAAGGAAUUGGCGCUUUCUUCAAGGGCGCUUUUUCCAAUGUUAUUCGGGGUAUGGGGGGCGCAUUGGUAUUAGUUUUAUACGAUGAACUUAAAGAUUUAUUGUAAAAACUUGUUCUGUCGCCUUUAAUUAAAAAAGUGUAAUUAAU